UCUACAUUCAUCUUUCUCUCUCUCUCUCUCUUUGUCUCUCUACAUUGAGAUGGGGAUUAGCACAUUUUUUGUAGCAUUUGUCAUGUGUUUAAUGUGCUUAAGUGGUACCAGAGUCGAUGGUUUCGCGUCUUCGGGUUGGAACAGAGCUACCGCAACGUUCUAUGGCGGGAGCGACGCCUCCGGAACUAUGGGUGGAGCUUGUGGCUACGGUAACUUGUACUCGACCGGGUACGGGACCGACACUGCGGCUCUAAGCACGGCUCUGUUUAAUGACGGGGCGUCGUGCGGGCAGUGCUACAUGAUCACGUGCGACUACCAAUCAGACUCCCAGUGGUGCUUAAAGGGGGCGUCGGUGAUGAUCACCGCAACGAACUUUUGCCCGCCGAACUACGCCCUCCCAAAUGACGACGGCGGUUGGUGCAACCCGCCUCGCCAGCACUUUGACAUGGCUCAGCCUGCAUGGGAAAAGAUCGGCAUCUACCGCGGGGGUAUCGUACCUGUGUUGUAUCAAAGGGUUCCAUGUGCGAAGCAAGGGGGAGUGAGAUUCACAAUCAAUGGGCUAAACUACUUUGAGCUCGUGCUCAUAUCGAACGUCGGCGGAAGUGGAGCGAUCCAAUCGGUGUCCAUCAAGGGCUCGAACACUGGAUGGAUGACGAUGUCGCGAAACUGGGGAGUCAACUGGCAAUCCAAUGCGUACCUGAACGGUCAAUCCAUCUCCUUCAGUGUGACCACUGACGACGGCCAAACCCUAGAGUUCCCGGACAUAGCCCCGUCGGAUUGGAGCUUUGGGCAAACCUUUACAAGCUCUUUGCAGUUCUCCUAGUAAAGAAAACAAGACUCUCCAGAGUUAGAAUAGUGCUAUUAAUGGAGUCAAAUUUAUUAUUUACAGAUAGAUUCAUUCGACUAGAUUCAAUGAAUCUAAUCCAAGCAUAGUAAAGUUAUUUUAUAAUAAUACUAGCGUGAAAGUUGGGCUAAGUUUCCAGAAUUUAGGAUGGCUGAGGCGUGCUUUCGCUUUUUUUGGCUAAAGUUGCCCGCCAAUCUAUUUAUGAAACACCCAUUUUAGCAGGUGAUAGAUUUAUACAUUUAUGAAAAAAGAACUUUUCCUGAGUUAUAAAUUACUAAAUUCAGGAACAAGUUGCUGGUGUUGUCAAUUUCAUCUUCAUCUCAGAUUAUGUAAUAUUUUUCCUAACUAUGUAUCGCCGGUUUCGAUCUUACCACAUGUAAUGAGUCAUUGGUAUGAGUAAUAA